CCGGGCUGGGCCACAAACCUCCCGGCUGCAGCGCCCCCCCUGCAACCAGCUUAUUCUACGUUGUAUCCUGAAGCGAGACAGAGAUGGCCAAAGGCAUUCUAGGAGAUGCAAGUGUUCACUUUGAUGAGCUGAAUAAACUACGAAUUUUGGACCCUGAGGUUGCACAGCAAACAAUUGAACUCAAAGAAGAAUGCAAAGCUUUUGUGGACAAAAUUGCCGAGUUUCAGAAAAUAGUGGGUAGCUUAAUAGAACUUGUUGAUCAACUAGCAAAAGCAGCUGAAAAUGAGAAGAUGAAGGCAAUUGGUGCCCGAAACUUGCUAAAGUCUAUAGCGAAGCAAAGAGAAGCACAGCAGCAGCAACUUCAGGCUUUAAUAACUGAGAAGAAAAUGCAGUUGGAAAGAUACCGAGUGGAGUACGAGACCCUGUGUAAAAUAGAAGCUGACCAGAACGAAUUCAUUGACCAAUUCAUUUUUCAGAAAUAAAGGAUUUAAGACCAACAUCCGCUGACUGGGCAAACUUGUACCUUUCCAGUAUCCUGACGAUUCUAAAAUAUGCAGUUUUAUAUUGUGUACCAGUGAGCAAAGCAGUAUGUGUAAAGGCAAAAAAAACCCCAAACAGUUUAACACUAUGUGAACUUACAUUAAAAUGGCAAAAAGGAGGGAUUUUCCAGGGAUGUGUAAAUAAGAAGAGUUCUAACCUGUCUCGUUUUUAAAAAAAAUCUGUAUGGUCCCUGUAGUUUGAUUUCAUUUAAUCUUUGAAUGGACACUACUGUUAUAUUACAUGGAUCAUCCCCACCCCUUUUUUUUUUCUUUAAGUUUACAAUACUUUGGGAAAUCAGGAAAUAAAUUAUUCUUUUUA